CCUCAGUCUGAGCUUCUAGCACCACCCCCUCUCCUUUUCCAAGUAAACAAUACGGAAGUUGCCCAGAACUCUGCCUAUCAACAAGAAAGACGACAGAAAGGGUGAAGUCUUCCUGAACGAGACAUUAGCGAUGAUGGGGACACUCAGCAAGGCGGACUGAGGGGGAUCUGGCUAGAUGUUUUUCCAUUCUAGUUUGCUUUCUUUUCACCAUUUUUGCUCUUUCAUGAGCACCUGCAUUUCAGAGGAGCACCAUCAUUUCAGAGGAGCACCAUUAUCAGAAUGACUGUCUCUUUCAACCUUUGUGUCAUCAACAUUUUGUUUGUAACGGCCUACAGCAGCCUGGAGCUGGUCUCCAGUACUGGGUUCUUCUCUCUCCCAGCUCAUUGUGGACGAUCUCCCCAAGUCCUGGAGGCUGCGAGAGGAGAGAUCAGAAGCUUUGUGCACCGCAGCUCGUCCUACCGCCCUCGGCCCUUCUACUGUAGUUGGAUCAUCAAGGCACAUGUAGGAGAGCCUGUUAUUCUCAGUUUCUCCCAGUUUUCCACACGGUGUAAGAAGGAAUGGGUCUCGGUGACGUCAUCGACUGGCAAGCCCAUUACCCUCUGUGGUUCCGACCUGCCGAAACCCAUGGAGUUGAUGGGGGGAAACAUUACAGUGACGCACCACUUCCUGCCACACUUAUUCCCUGUGUCUGCGUUCCGCCUGGGCUAUGUCAGAGACUCCGGGGACUGUACGGGUGUGGACUUUGAGUGUUUGGGUGGGCGCUGCCUGCCCCUGUCGUGGCGUUGUAACGGCCGGGUGGAGUGCCUGGGUGAAGGGGUGGGCCUGGGCAUAGACGAGCAAGACUGUGAUGGAGAGAUGAAGAUCCUGAAUCUGGAUCCUGAGCAUGGCAAAACAGUGGUGGCCACCACCACACCAGAGUCCUACAGGGCGCGGGAGACCGGAAGAGAGAAGAACGGGGGGAGUAACAGCAGAGGGAGGGAUUGGGAAACAGUAGGGAAGGCACCGGGAGAGCUGGAGAAAGAGGAGGAGGAGACAGAGAAGCAAGUAGACGAGAAUGGGGACCACACCAAGGAAAAGGAGCCAACCAAUCCUAUAUAUGACUUCUGGCAGUUCCAGGCUCACAGAGCCCACCCCAGUGUGACCCGGGCCCCCGUUGAGUGGCCCUGCGGGGGCCUCCUCCAGGCCUUCUAUGGGACGUUCACCCCUCCUUCCAUCAGGGGCCCCUCUCUGUUCUGUGUGUGGACCCUGGACCCCCAGGAGUCUAGGCCUCUGAAGCUGGACCUGCGGCUGCUGGAGCUGGGGCCUGGAGACACGGUCACCAUCACUGACAGACAGCAGGGCACCGGGGAACUCCUCAAAACUAUCACCAGCGCGUCCAAUUACAAGGCCAUCCAGGUCGAGUCCCGGACCGGCCUCCUCUCCCUGACCUAUCGUACGCUCCCCGGCUCUGAGGGGCUAGGCUUCAACGCCACCUACCGUGUCGGGGGCUACUGCCCCCCCUGGGAAGGUAAAUGUGGGGGUGCCGAGGGGGUCUGCUACACCCAGGAACAGAAGUGUGAUGGGCACUGGGACUGUCCCGAGACGGGAUAUGACGAAGCAGGGUGCAGGGGAUGUCCCCGGGACCAGUUUGCCUGUGGAGGGGCUGGGCAGAGGGCACUGCUGGCGGGGCAUAGCUUCCUAGGGCGUCCGGUGUGUUUCCCUGCCAAGGAGAGGUGUAACUACCAGCUGUACUGUUCUGAUGGGAGUGAUGAGAGAGACUGUUCUAUAUGUCAACCUGGGACCUUCCACUGCGACAGUGACAGGUGUGUUUUUGAGAGCUGGCGCUGUGACGGCCAGCUGGACUGCAAGGACGGGACAGACGAGCUGAACUGCACCGUGACCCUACCUCCCAAGGUCGUCACCUGCGGGGGCCUCCUCCAGACCUUCUAUGGGACGUUCGCCCCUCCUUCCAUCAGGGGCCCCCCUCUGUUCUGUGUGUGGACCCUGGACCCCCAGGACUCUAGGCCUCUGAAGCUGGACCUGCGGCUGCUGGAGCUGGGGCCUGGAGACACGGUCACCAUCACUGACAGACAGCAGGGCACCGGGGAACUCCUCAAAACUAUCACUAAUGCGUCCAAUUACAAGACCAUCCAGGUCGAGUCCCAGACCGGCCUCCUCUCCCUGACCUAUCGUACGCUCCCCGGCUCUGAGGGGCUAGGCUUCAACGCCACCUACCGUGUCGGGGGCUAUUGCCCCCCCUGGGAAGGUAAAUGUGGGGGUGCCACGGGGGGCUGCUACACCCAGGAACAGAAGUGUGACGGGCACUGGGACUGUCCCGAGACGGGACAUGACGAAGCAGGGUGUAGGGGAUGUCCCCGGGACCAGUUUGCCUGUGGAGUGGCUGGUCAGAGGGCACUGCUGGCGGGGCAUAGCUUCCUAGGGCGUCCGGUGUGUUUCCCUGCCAAGGAGAGGUGUAACUACCAGCUGUACUGUUCUGAUGGGAGUGAUGAGAGAGACUGUUCUAUAUGUCAACCUGGGACCUUCCACUGCGACAGUGACAGGUGUGUGUUUGAGAGCUGGCGCUGUGACGGCCAGGUGGACUGCAAGGACGGGACAGACGAGCUGAACUGUUCCGUGACCCUGCCUCGGAAGGUCAUCACCGCGGCAACCGUUGGCAGCUUGGUCUGUGGGCUGUUGCUGGUCAUCGCUAUGGGCUGCACCUGCAAGCUUUACUCACUGCGCACCCGAGAAUACAGUAUGUUUGCUCCAAUCAGCCGCCAAGAGGCGGCGCUGAUCCAGCAGCAGGCUCCUCCCUCCUACGGUCAGCUGAUUGCCCAGGGCAUCAUCCCUCCAGUGGAGGACUUCCCCACAGAGAACCCCAACGAGUCUUCCUCUCUUACUCUGAGAGGUAUCCUCCAGCUCCUCAGACAGGACACCGCCAACUCUCCACGUCGCCGUCGCCGGCCCCGAUUCGUCCGCCGGGCUGUCCGUCGCAUGCGGAGGUGGGGCUUAAUCCCUAGAACCGCCUCCAGGCCCUCCCAGCCUUCCAGUUCCGCCCCCCAGCAGACAGAUCCCACCUCUACUGGUGCAGAGCCCAGUCAAUCAACUCCCGCAACUUCCUCAUUGGCUGUGGAAGCCGUCAAUCUGCCGUUGCCACAGAAACUAGGCUUGCUCCCUCAGACGGUGCAGCACCCACCACCGCCUCCCGCCUCCCUUCCUCCACCCCUCGUCUCUAUCUCAGCCAUCCCCCAGAGCUUCCCUGUGGCUGCCCCUCCCACCCCCAGUAGCCCCUCCCUGGCCUCGCUCUUCCACUCUCUGGGGCGCGGUAUCUCUCGCUUCCGCGCCUCACCGUUCUCCUCCUCCUCCCCCACCAACUCCCUGCCCCUCUCCGCAUCCCCCACUUUCUCCUCUUCGGAGGAUGAGGUGUUGCUUAUCCCCCUCUCGGAGGACAUGACCUCGGAGGAUGACGUCCCCCUGCUAACCCUUGAUCCCUGACCUUAUCCAAACCCCACCGCCAUCCCCCUCCCUGAAUGAUGUGCACAGUGCUCGCGCACAGGAGCACAGCAAGGCUCUCCCCGUCUCUGUGCUGAUGUAGUGCCUUUUGAAUUACAUUGGGUUGGUUUUGACUGACUGUAGAAAUCUCGUAUUCAAUGCGUUUAUGUUAUUGAGUGUGGGACCUCCUUGAGAAAGUGUAUACGUGUGCCUGCCUCUGCGUGCGUGUAGUCAUGAAUGUGUGUCGUCUGAAAGUGGUGAACUUUGCACAGAGAAUCUUCCUCCCACAUCCUCAUGCUCUAAUAUAUCAGCUACUGUCAAAUGAGUGAUUUUGUUUUUAACACAUGAAAGAGCUUGUCUUUAUGUGACUCGUAUGUGUGACUACGUCAUGUGUGUUUUAGUAUUUAUGAGGGUGUAGGGCAGCAGUGUAAGGGUAUGGAAGAUGUUCUAAUAUUAUAAGUUAUACCCCCCCCCCUUUAAGUGCCUUGUUUAGAAGCUUCCUGCAUAUGAUGAAUUUGAAUGAUUACACACACGUACUGCAUGCAUACUGUCACAAAUACGCUAUAUAUACAAAAGUAUGUGGACACCCCUUCAAAUUAGUGGGCUCUGCUAUUUCAGCCACACCCGUUGCUUACCAGUGUAUAAAAUCGAGCAUACAGCCAUGCAGUCUCCAGUAGAAUGGUCCUACUGAACAGCUCAGUGACUUUCAACGUGGCACCGUCAUAGGAUGCCACCUUUCCAACAGGUCAGUUCUUCAAAUUUCUGCCCUGCUAGAGCUGCACCAGUCAACUGUAAGUGCUGUUAAUGUGAAGUGGAAAC